GUUUUCACAAAUGAAUAGGAUAUUAUUUUACUAUAAAUCCCGCAAAAAUCGCGAAGGAACCAUUUUAUUUUGUUGAUUUUAUUUUUACCGCAUAAUUUCCCUUUUCGACUUACGUCAGUGCUGCCAACUUUUCAAAAUAGUUUUAGCAUAAAUGGGAUGAAACAAGAAGGCUCUACGAUCUAACGUAAGAAAUAAAUUUUUAUGCUGAACAUGGAUCAAACUAAUGACAUUCCAAUAUAUGACAUGGAGCGAGGCCCUGAGUACACGGACCUGGAUAAGCAGAACAUUCUAGCAUCUAUACUCAAAGAGCCUUUAGAUGAUAAUUUGGAUAUAGGGGAUUCUGAACGUAAUGUGCUGGAAGAUGAGCAGGUACUACCCUCAGAUGGUGAGAUUUCAGAAUUGGAUGAGAUUGAACCAAAGAAGAUGAAAGGAUCAAAACCACGGAUAAGAUGUCAUGAAUGCCAAAGGUUUACAACAGACAAUGAAGAGAAGAUGGUCCGUCACAUCCGCAAGAACCAUCAGGGCCAGAACCCCUUUCAAUGCACCAUGUGCGACUACACCACAUACAACAAGUCUGUGUUCGAGGAGCACAUUCGCGUUCACAAGGGUAUAAAACCGUUUAAGUGCUCUUUCUGCCCAUACCGCAGUGCUUCCAAGAAAAACAAAAACAAACACGAACUGAUCCACAGACAAAAUAACCCAUUGAAGUGCGACCUAUGCCCCUUCAUAGCCCACCAUUACAGUUCCCUACAGUGCCAUAAAGAGAAACACGAGAAAGGUCAAUUGGAUGGAAAAACUGAACUGACAGAUUUGAAAUGUGACGUGUGCUGUUUCGAAUUCCCAACAGAGAUGGCGCUACAGAGACACAAGAACAGUAAAAGCCGCGUCUGCGACGUGUGUAGUGCAACGUUUUGCUCGUCAUAUUAUCUCAAGAAACACAAGUCUAUAUGUCACGAUGUGCGCAAUGAGAUGUUUCAGUGUGCAGUGUGUGGGUGGACCGGGUCUAUGAAGGUGAAAGUGUUGUUACAUUUAGUACAUCACCCGCGACAAGAGGUUGAUGAGAGUCUGUAUGAUGUGUCUGUGUUGAGGAGACACGGGAUCAUGAAAUAAGACUCUGUGUUUAUUACGGAACUAAUAGGUAGUUAAAAUAAAAUACUAGGAGCUAAGAAUUAGAUAAUUCUAUUUUUCUUUGUUCUUACAAAUUGGUAUACUGAAAAACAGAAAUCGAAUGACAGAAAAAAAAACUAGAUUUGUAGUCCGCGCGCAGGAAUCAUAUUUAAAUUGUCAUGUUCGAUAGCCAUUGGCUGCUGCGCGAGGGGUCGCGGGCGGGACGUGCCUAGUGUUGUGGUGUAUUGGCGCAGACACUCUGUGCACCCCGUAAUGGACACGGACGUAAAUAGUAAUUAAAUUAUUCAAAGGUUACAGUGAGAUCUUUGUGUAUUAAUAGGUUAGAAUGAAACAUAAAACACGUGGCACGUCAUCGCGUCUACACGUUAUGUCCUUAUUGCACACGACGCGUUUACAGUAUGGGAAAAAGAGACAGCAUGAGUGUCCUCAGUACUUAGUAACCUGCUACGUGUUUGUAUUUUUCGUGGUGGCUUCUGGUUAGUUAAUUAUCUUCAAGGUAGGAUAUAAUAAGGAACAACUUAUUGUACAUUACAGUUCUUAUUUUUUUUUACCUUAUUUAUUUUUUCUUAAUUUGUGAUCAUUUUUGUGUAAGACGGCCAGUGUGUUGUAUCUACAGAUCAUGUAUUAGAAUUUAGUUAGGUCGAAGUACUUACUAAAUCCAUGGUGCAGAUGUAUAUAAUAUACAAUGUGACCUGUGUAUACCACAGACAAUGCGAUCCAAACAAAUAAUAUUAGUGUCUAAUUCAUAUUGUAGUUGAAAGAAAACGUCAUUUGUAUCAAGUCCAUUUAGAAAAAAGUAUUUAUCAGAAUUUAAGUUUUUAAGGUUAUAAGAUUUUAAGUGAUAAAUAAAUGUGUUUUUUUUUAUUAAA